UGGACGCGGCGGCGCACAGCAGCGCACCAAUCCGGCCAACUUGACUCCAAAGCAGUCACUACACCACAGAAAAAAACAGCAACUAUGCCGGAGCGAAGGAGGAUCCCUGGAUUGUCAUUCGGCAGCGCUCUUUCUCACUACCACUGAGCGAGUGUGAGAGGGAGAAGGGUGCUUUUUGGUUGUGUGGAUUUCGCCCCCAUGGACGGGCAACGGGGCUUUUACGAGAUGGAGAACCCGACCGAAAACCCCAGCAAGGCGGCGGAAUAUCUCAAGGAGCUCAAUAAAAUAAUCGAGACCCAGCAAAAGCUGCUGGAGAAGCAGAGGGUCCGGAUUGAAGAGCUGGAGCUCCAAGUGACGGAUCUUUGCAAGGAAAACGUCUGCCUGAAAGAUCAGCACCAGCGGCACCUGGCCACCUGCAGACUCCAGCAGGGCAACCACUCCAGCUUAGGAGCCAUCAAGGAGAAUGUCAUGCAGGAAAAAUCUGAGAGUGAAGGCUCAAGAGGUGUCAGGCGGCACGUUUCGUUGCCUGUAGAAGUCUCAGAGAGCCCUGUAAACCUUUUUGCCCCUCCAUGUAGAAGAAGUUACCCCUGUCGCAAAUGGAAGUCGGCAUCCUUUGGUCCCCAGCCCCCGCCCUUCCCGCCCCGCUUCACGGCACGUUGGGCUGAUGGAGCCAGUGCUGGAAGCUGCAGCCGUGCUGGUACCACAGCCAGCCUCUGGAUCAACAUGGGCAGCGAGGCCCAGGAUAUUAUUGACAGUGGCAGGAUGUGUCUGUGCCGGAUCGUGGGAGAGGACCGCGCUGCCCAUCCAGCGCUGAUACUAAGCAGAGAAAGGGCCGAGGUGCUUUGUGGUGAAAGCAAAAGUUGA